AUGUUUCUGCAUAAAUCCUUGGUCCUCAUUGGAUAUGAAGGUAUUAUAUACAAUCAUCUGAAAACGAGUCUCUUGUGGAAUGCUCAACCACCUGCUUCAAGAAGGCACCCGAUAUCUACACCAAGCCGGACAACUAACCGAAACCGCUCUGGACAUUUGAGAGGAAGAAACAAGGAUGAAGACGAAAUAGAAAACCGAUCCCAUUCUUCAUCUGAUACUUCGUCAGGCUCUGAACAAACGUCAAGCUCGGACGAUGAACUUGAGCACAGCGCACAUCAACCUACUAACGGUCUCCUGUUGAAUGCUCAACCACCUGCUUCAAGAAGGCACCCAAUAUCUACACCAAGCCGGACAACUAACCGAAACCGCUCUGGACAUUUGAGAGGAAGAAACAAUGCAGGCUCUAUCCAACGAAGACGAAAAAGUCCUGAAAACUCUCCUGUGAGUACUAGUGUUCGUGGAACAUCUCGCGGCAGAUCCAGAAGUCGUGGUGGAAGACUCCAUCAAUCAACACCGUCAUCGCUUUCUCAGAAUUCCCUAAACCGCACUAUUGCAGUUUCUGCGACAGAAAGUGAUUCGCCUCCUUAUCCAGUUUCAGGACGCACAUCUUCUGCAUCAUCUACUGGGACAUCUCGUAAAACUAGUCGCCGUAUAAAUAAUGGAGCAGAUGUUGGCACAAAUCAACGAAGUCAACUUGUGGGAAAUCUCGUGGAAGUAGGGGCCCUCGUUUGGGACUUCGUGGAUCGGCUUGUGGAAAAGUUUCUUCUACCACUCUUGGAAAAAAUACUGCAGAAAAUAACAACCGGCGUGGUUCGACACAAAAUACCGGAGCCGCUGGACGAUCAGUUCCGGGAAGAGGGAGACCUCGUGGAAGAGCUCGCGGAAGUGUACCAAUUCGUGGUCAGCGAAUGA